GUGUUCACGCAUAGGCUCUGUCGCUCGCCGAGGCCCUCGCUCCUCUCCGCCGCGGCGAGGGCGGCUGGGGGGUGGGCCCGGCCGUGCUCGUCGGCGGCGGACGGGACGGCGGCGGAGGCGGCGGUUGGCGACGGCGGGCUCACCGCGCGCAUGCAGCGCGAGCUGAGGGCGCUGCAGCCCGGCGCAGGCCUCGACGCGCCUCUGCCAAAGGCGAGCGGAGGCGGGUGGGUGGACCCGACCGGGCUGCGACGAAAGUCGCCCGACCACGAGCUCCCUCCCUACGCGGAGGCCAGCUUCCGCACCCUCACGUUUGUGAUGACGCGCGCACCGCGGCUCGCAGACUUUCCGCGCGAACCGACGUACCGGCGGGACUCGAUUGACCUGCUGUUCCGCCACUACUACAAGAGGCCGUAGCGGGCGCAGACCCGGCAGCAACGCCGCGCCGCGGGCUGUACCAACCAGUGUGUGGCUUUAUUUGCGCGCGUUCGGGCGAGCCUUUUCGUGUGCGGUGCGUGUCAGUCGCGAGUCGAGGUGCCGCGUUCGCGCUCCACGUCAUCACGCGCACGCUCGAAAACCUAUGUAUCACCGUUAACCG